UAUAUUUAUACACAGACUACUUUUUAUAUUUAUGCACAAACGAAGUAUAUUCAUACGAGUAUAGUACUACACUCAAGUUUGUUUAUAUGACAUUUCAGGUCAAAUCCUUAUAUUUAACAUUGUAUUGAAUUUAACAACCAAUCAGAACCGCGAUCCUUUCUGGUUCUUUCUUUUCGUCUCUGCACAGUACGUUCAUGUUCAAAUUUAAACUGUCUAAACUGUCAGUAUGUGAAGACGUAAAUCGUGAGAAUUAGUAUAUUUUUAAAUAACUUCAAUAUUUUGAAUUUUUUAAAAUGUCGGGCGUGCUUCGCAAAAUAAAAAGGAAGAAUGCUGGAACUCAAACUGACACUAAAAUUGAUACUAUGGUGGAAAUAGCACGCUUAGAGGAAGAAGUAAAAUUGCUUACAAUUGAAAAUAAACAUUUAAGGAGAUGUUUAGGAGAUCAAAAGUUUAUGAAAACAAGUCCACCACAUCCUAAUGAUAUUGAGAAGUGUAAUGAGACAGUACUAAACAGCUCACAAACUCAAAGUGUACAAAAGAAAGAUAUAAACAUAAUACCACAUUGUUCUUGUAAAACAAAAUGUUCUACGAAAAGGUGUAGAUGUUUAAAAAGAAAUAUUCCAUGUGGACAGAACUGCAAAUGUAAUACAAAAAUUUGCCUUAAUCAAAAUAAUGAUAAUGAUUUUAAUCCUAUGCAACCUACACAUGAAAUACCUAGAUCACCACUUUGUGACAAUAAUAAAAUAAUAUCUUCUAAUAUUUCUAAGAAAUCCUCAAUCACAUCUAAUGAUUCAUUGAUCAUGUCUGUUACUUCUACAAAAGAAGAAAUUCCUGCAGAAUUUGAUUAUUUUCAAGUGAAUUGGGAAGAACAUCAAGCUCAGCUUGUUGCAUGUAAGAAAUGCAAUAGAAAAUUCCACCCAUUAAGAAUUAAGAAACAUGAAUCCUGUUGUAAAAAAUUGCGAUCUUGAUAAAUUGCAAGAUCG